AUGGCGUAUUUAAGAAGCACAAAACAAAUAGUUCAAACUUUGGCGGCAAAUGAGGAAUACGACAAAAAUCUAACACAGCAACUCAACGAAGCAAAAAGUAAUAUCGCGAUUUGUGAGAAGCAAAACAAGAACUUAACAAAACGGCUUGAUGAAGUAGUGAACAAUUUAGUGAUAAACGAAAAGCAGGAUAAAAACCUCACUCAACAACUUAAUGAAGUACAGAAUAUUUUGGCGAAAUAUGAUAAGCAGGGGAAAAACGUCACUCAACGACUCAAUGACAUUCAUAAUGUUUUGACUGCAAAUAAAGAGUAUGACAAAAAUUUAACUUUACAGCUCACAGAUUCGUUGAACAACUUACGUGAUAUAAAGGUUCAGAUGCGAUACACAAGCUUGUCACUUAUGGAUGUGCAUUCUAAGACGGAUAAACUCAAUACAACAUUAACUACACAUUUUGACGAUCAGAUAAGGGACGUCUAUGGACGAAUAACCAACAUCACCGAAAAAGUAGCCUUUACGGCCGGUGUGACGUCAACCAGCACCACCUGGAACAGCGGUACACUGGUUUUUGAUUUGAUCGUCUACAACAUAGGAGGAGGGUACGACUCCAGUACUGGUGUCUUCACAUCACCUGUAGACGGACACUUUGUUUUCUUUAUAAACGUUCAAGCUCCUGGCUCAAACACAAUAUACACAUAUAUAGUGCUAAAUGGCUCCGCUAAAGUCACAACGAUGGCAUAUGGUAGUAGUGACAAUUACGAUUCAGGACCAAACUUGGUGGUGUUAAGGCUUCAAAAAGGAGAUCGCGUAUGGGUCAAACAUUUCGGUGGAACUGGGUAUUAUACCCAGAGUGAUGCUCCUCUAACCACGUUUUCUGGAUUCCUAAUAUGA